AUGGCCCCAUCUAGUGUGGUUGUGGUGGGGUCUAAAGUGUGGGUGGAAGAUGAGCAAGAAGCGUGGAUUGAUGCGGAAGUUAUUGCCGUGGAGAAGAAGAAGGUCACAGUUGACGUGCGAGGAAAGCAGAUUGUAGUGCGUCUAAAGCACUGUUAUGCCAAGGACGAGGAGUCGGAUGGCGUUGAUGACAUGACUAAGCUCUCAUACCUUCAUGAGCCGGGCGUGCUUCACAACUUGUACCUUAGAUACAGCGUCGACGAGAUUUAUACAUACACGGGUAGCAUUCUGAUUGCCAUCAAUCCAUUUCGCAGUUUACCACACCUGUACGACGAGCAAAUGAUGGAGCAGUACAAAGGCACAAGACUGGGAGAGCUGUCGCCGCACGUCUUUGCCAUCGCCGAAACCGCGUACAGAACGAUGAGCGACUAUGGCAAUAGCCAGUCGAUUCUAGUGAGCGGAGAGAGCGGGGCGGGAAAGACGGAGACGACGAAGCUCAUCAUGCAGUACUUGGCGUAUAUGGGAGGACGCGCCAAUUCCGACGGCAGAACCAUUGAGUCGCAAGUGCUUGAAUCCAACCCUCUUCUUGAGGCCUUCGGAAACGCCAAGACGUCGCGAAAUAACAAUUCCAGUCGUUUCGGUAAAUUCGUGGAGAUCCAGUUCGACAGGGCGGGACGCAUAUCAGGAGCUGCAGUGCGCACGUACCUUCUGGAGAGGUCCCGUGUGGUGCAGAUAUCAGACCCCGAGCGCAACUACCACGCCUUCUACCAGCUAUGUGCGGGAGCGUCGGAAGAGGAGCGGGAGCGGCUGAAGCUGGCACCAGCAGAGACGUUCCACUACCUAAACCAGAGCAACUGCUUCGAGAUCCCUGGCAAGAACAGCAACGCAGAGGAGUAUCAUAACACAAGGCGGGCUAUGGAGGUCGUGGGGCUGACGAUUGAGGAACAGGAGGCGAUUUUCCGCGUGGUUGCAGCUAUUUUGCAUCUAGGGAAUAUCACUUUCACCAAUGGUAAAGCCGCGGAUUCGUCCAAGUUGCACGGGGACAAGGCGAAGUUUCACCUGGAGGCGGUAGCGGAGCUGCUGCGGGUGGAGAAGAAGAAGCUGAGGGAAUCACUGCUGACGCGAACGCUAGUGACCAGGGACGGAAACAUCAAGAGGGACCUGGAUCCCGAGGCAGCGGUGGUCAGCAGAGACACUCUGGCCAAGACAGUCUACUCGCGCCUCUUUGACUGGCUGGUCGACAAGGUCAACAAAUCCAUUGGCCAAGACCCAGCCUGUGCGUCUAUCAUCGGAGUGCUGGAUAUCUACGGAUUCGAGAGCUUCCAGACCAACAGCUUUGAGCAGUUCUGCAUCAAUCUGGCCAAUGAAAAGCUCCAACAACACUUCAACCAGCACGUGUUCAAGGCUGAGCAAGACGAGUAUGAGAGGGAAGAGAUUGACUGGAGCUACAUCGAGUUUGUUGACAACAAGGAUGUGCUGGAGCUCAUUGAAAAGAAACCCAUGGGUAUCAUCGCCCUUCUGGACGAGCAAUGCAUGUUUCCCAAGUCGAGUGCAGAGACCUUCGCCACAAAGCUGUACCAGUCGUGCGGCGCACAUUCUCGGUUUGAGAAGCCCAAGCUCUCACAGACAGACUUCACAAUUGACCACUAUGCCGGCAAGGUGACAUACCAGACGGAGCUGUUUCUGGACAAGAACAAGGACUACGUGGUGAUGGAGCACCAGGAGCUGAUGAACCACUCCAAGUGCUCCUUCGUGUCUGGCCUCUUCCCGGUGGGCGAGGGCGAGAACGUGAAGACCAAGUUCACGUCGCUGGGGUCCAGCUUCAAGCAGCAGCUGGCGGAGCUCAUGAGCACGCUCAGCACCACGGAGCCGCACUACGUGCGCUGUGUGAAGCCCAACGCGCAGAACAAGGCGGGCAUCUUUGAGAACCACAACGUGCUGCAGCAGCUCAGAUGUGGAGGAGUGCUGGAGGCCAUUCGUAUCAGCUGUGCAGGCUUUCCCACCCGCCGUACCUUCGAGGAGUUCCUGGAUCGCUUUAACAUGCUGGUCCCUGACCUGGAGUAUGAUGGAAGUGACAUCAAGUUGACAGCGAAGCAGCUGCUGGAGAAGCUGGGGCUGACGGGGUUCCAGGUGGGCAAGAGCAAGGUGUUUCUGCGCGCGGGGCAGAUGGCAGACCUGGAUGCGAUGCGUGCCAACAAGCUGCACUCCGCCGUGCGUGUCAUCCAGCGCUGCGUCCGCACGUGGCUCGCACGCCGGCAGUUUGUCGCCCUGCGCAAGGCCGCCAUUCGCAUGCAGGCGCGGACACGAGGCAAUGCAGCAAGGCGCGAGUACCAGAGGCUACGCAGGGAGCGAGCAGCGCUGGUCAUUCAGACUCAGUACAGAGGGCACAGGGCGCGCGUGCAAUACAAGCGGCAGGUCAAGGCGGCUGUCACCAUCCAGUCUGCCACCCGCGGCAUGUUUGCACGGCGCGAGGCGUCCUCUCGCAGGCGCAACCUCGCUGCCAGGAAGAUCCAGACUAACUUUCGGCGGCACAAGGCGCAGUCAGAGUAUAAACGCACCAAGCGCAGUGCCUUGGUCAUGCAGAGCACGUGGCGGGGCAGGGCUGGCCGCCUCGAGCUCAAGAAGCUCAAGCAUGACGCGAAGCAGACGGGAGCGCUGCAGGAAGCCAAGUCGCGGCUGGAGAAGCAGCUGGAGGAGCUGACCUGGCGGCUGCAGCUGGAGAAGAGAAUGCGGUCCGACCUGGAGGAGUCCAAGACCCAGGAGGUGGCGAAGCUACAGCAGGAGGUGGAUCGCCUCACAGCAGAGCUGCAAGCAUCCAAGGACGAGAUUCAGUCCCUGCAUCAGCGGCUGGCGGCUGGAGGCGGUGGGGGUGGAGGGGCAGAGAGCAACGAGCCUGUGAUCAAGACAGUGGUGCGGGAGGUUGUGAAGGUGGUUGAAGUGCAGGUGCCCGCAGCGACAGUGACUGCAGCUGGGGCUGAGAAGCCGGAGGGUGCUCCUGCUGCCACUGCCACUGCCGCCGCCGCUGCUGGAGUGGCGACCACUGUUGCUGGCGGAGACGAUUCUGCUGCCGCUGCUACCGUCUCUGCAGCUGCUGCUGCUGCUGCAGGUGGUGCCAUUGUGGUCGUUUCGAGCACUGGGGCGUCAGGCCAGUCCACAGAGGGGCUGGAGAACGAGAAGCUCAAGGCAGCUUUGGACGUGUCGGACUCGCGAGUGGCAGCCAUGGAGGAGAUGAUAGUGCACAAGGACGGGAAGCUGCAGGCGCUGGAGUCUGAGCUGGAGAAGAUGAAGGUGGAGCUGCAGCGAUUGGAGGACCAGUUCCGCAGCAUGGACAGGGAGAACCAGGUGCUCCGCCGCCAGUCGCUCUCUGUGGCUACUGCCUCGCAGACCACGCCGCAGCGGGCUCCUGCCGCUGGGCGGCUGUCUGCCCUGUUUGGGUCGGCGAUGACACCGUCUACACCGAGUGGGCAUGAUAUGACGCCUGGCACGCCUGGCAGCGCGGCGGCUUCUGCUGCUGCUGCGCGUGGGGCCACGCAGGAGGCUGAGGUGAAGAGGCAGCAGAUUCUGGCUGAGAGGCAGCAGGCGGAUCAGGACACAGUGCUGAAGCUGCUGCUGACGGACCUUGGGUUUGACAACAACCGGCCUGUGGCAGCGUGCAUGCUGUACCGUGCUCUCGUGCACUGGCGCUCCUUUGACGCGGAGCAGACCAACGUGUUUGACAAGAUCAUCCAGACCAUGAGCUCCGCCAUUGAAAACCACGACCCUGCUCCUGCUCCUGCUGCGGGUGCCGGUGCUGGUGCUGCUUCGCCGCUGCAGGCGGCGGCAGGAAGUGGAGGGGCGGCAGGGGGUGCGGCGGGGAAUGCUGCGAGGCUGUCGUAUUGGCUGGCGGUCGCGUCGUCGCUGCUGCACCUGCUGCACCGGUCGUUCCGACCGGGAGCUGCGUCUGCGCUGCAGAUGCACGCGCGCAGGAGGCAGCAGCCCGUGUCGCUGUUCGGCCGCAUGACCCAGACAUUCCGUGGGCCUGUGACGCUGUCACCAGACGAGACAUCAGCAGCGGAGGCAGACGGGUUGCACCUGGUGGACCCCAAGUUCCCUGCGCUGCUCUUCAAGCAGCAGCUCACGGCGUAUGUGGAGAAGGUGUACUCGUGCAUCCGAGACAACCUCAAGAAGGAUAUCUCUCAGAUGCUCGUCGCCUGCAUACAGGCCUCUCGCUCCUUCCGCACGCCCAUGGCGCCACGUCAGCAGCACCGCUCGUCGCCUGACGGGGCGCGGGUUUCGGCACAGAACCAGGCGGCGUCGGUGGCAGCAGCGGUGGCGCAGUGGGGCGGCAUCAUAGCACGGCUCACAGACCUGCUGAACACGCUCAAGGCCAACCACGUGCCUGCCUUCCUCGUGCGCAGCCUCUUCACCCAGAUCUUUGCCUACAUCAACGUCCAGCUCUUCAACAGUCUGCUGCUGCGUCGUGAGUGCUGCUCGUUCAGCAACGGCGAGUACGUGAAGGAAGGUCUGGCGGAGCUGGAGCGCUGGAUAUUCGAGGCCACAGAGGAGUACGCUGGCAGCGCGUGGGAGGAACUCAGGUUCAUUCGACAGGCUGUGGGCUUCCUGGUGAUCCACCAGAAGCCCAAGAAGUCACUGGAGGACAUCACCAGCGACCUGUGCCCCGCACUGAGCAUGCAGCAGCUGUAUCGUAUCAGCACCAUGUACCGCGACGACAAGUACGGCACACACUCCGUGGCGCCCGCUGUCGUGAACGCCAUGCGGUUCAAGAGCACGGAGGAGUCGGCUCAGAAUGGCACCAACUCGUUCCUGCUUGACGACGACUCCUCUGUCCCAUUUGCCGUGGAUGACAUAUGCAAGGAGCUCCCCAGCAUCUCACUCACCCAGCUUUCCCUGCCUCCCCACGUCCGAGACUCGGGUCACCUGCACUUCCUCUUCUCGUAG